ACCGGACCCUGAUUGGUCAACGCAGGAACGGAGAAGAGCUGCAGCUGGCUCGAUCGGAAUGCACUGGCGGACGGCCCAACUUGAUCAAAGACGCAAGACUGAGACGCCGCACACUAAAAAGCUGUCAACUGAGGGUGGCGAUGGCACCCUCUGCGACAGGUUCGGGAACCGGCCCUCUUGCAGAGCUGUGACUGCAUGCGCAAACAGCGAGCAUCAUCGGAGCUCACGACUACAGCGUCCUCGACACAGGCUUUACAGUUUCGAGGUCCAGGCCUCGGGGCAUUAUGCACAGAGCAGUCGCCGCCCCCAGUCCAGUCCACGCCGACGUCAUCCACCUUUUCAUCUUCGAGGCUCCAUUGGCGCGGGAGGGACCACUCACCCACCCACCUGGCACAGACCGAAUCCAGCCGCUGUGGAUACGAACCCCAGAGCAUGCCGCGGAGGGCAACUGCAUUGACAGUCUCCGCUUGCCAAGGCGGAGAGCCCAAGGGUGGGUGGAUACGAGAAAUGACGAGAUGGCCAACGGGAACGCCCGGGGUCGCAACGCAGCUCUAUUUGGCGGGUGACUGAAAGCAGCAACGAAGCGGCGAGCUCUCCGCGUAGAAAGUCAGUACCGCAAUCGGUUGACGGAACGAGAGGGUGUAAAAGAGCAGCUUGAGAGACACACGCUCCGCGCACGUAGGCUCUCCGCCACGUCCGUGCAGCCGGCAAUGAACAAAUC